CACACACUCACACACUCAUACACACACAUUCAAAUACACAGCACACCCUGAUAGACUUAAACACACACUCGCUCAGAUGGAAAGUUUGACUCUGGAGCCAUGAGUGUGGUGAGAGAAACAACAUCACUGACCCAACCACUGACAUCCUCCAAACGGCACAAGAGUGUGAGAAAGAGCUCCAGGAAGAUCUACACCCCUUACCAGGACAAUCCAGUUUCCUCGGAUGAUGAAGAUAAGGAUGCAGAGCGGGUGGACAGUAAUGAUCCUGAGGAAAUGUUCCAGAAUAUUCAGUACCAGAAGGAAAUCAUCGCCAACAUCCGAACACGACCGUGGCCAAUGAGACGCAAGCUCAAAGUCUUAAAGCAGGCCAGGGAGAUUGUGCUGAAGUAUGAAGGUAGGCUGACGAGGACACGAGGAUACCAGGCUGCAGGCGCAGACCUAUUAAAGAAGCUUUCAAGAGUUCUCUACAACAUCCUUGUUUUAUUCAUCCCAUGGGAAGUGAGGAUUAAAAAGAUUGAAAGUCACUUUGGAUCCGGUGUCGCCUCAUAUUUUAUUUUCCUACGGUGGCUAUUUGGGAUUAACAUCGUCCUCACAAUUAUGACUGGAGCCUUUAUUGUCCUUCCUGAGCUCCUCGCCGGUGCUCCUUUUGGCACCACACGCAGCAAAACCAUCCCAAAGGACCAAAUCGCUUCAGCUCAGGACCUUGACACCAUCUGGUCACUCGGGGGUUACCUGCAGUAUUCUGUGCUUUUCUAUGGCUAUUAUGGAAACGUGCGUAAGAUUGGCAGCGCCGGAUAUCGCCUGCCCUUGGCCUACUUUCUUGUUGGGAUGGCUGUUUUUGCCUACAGCUUCAUCACUCUCUUAAGAAAAAUGGCAAAAAACUCACGGUUGAGUUUAUCCAGUGCGUCCAGUGAGAACUACACCUUCUGCUGGCGAAUCUUCUGUGCCUGGGACUACCUGAUCGGCAAUCCCGAGGCUGCUGAGAGCAAAGGAGCAGCAAUAGUCAAUAACAUCAGGGAGGCCAUUGUGGAAGAGCAAGAGAAGAAGAAGGAGACUAGCCUAGCAGUUUUGAUCAGUUUGCGGAUUCUGGCCAACAUCCUGGUCCUGCUCUCACUGGCAGGCAGCAUCUACAUCAUCUACUUUGUUGUGGACCGCUCACAGAAGCUGGAGCAGCAGAAAGCAGAGCUAACCCUGUGGGAAAAGAAUGAGGUGAGUGUAGUGGUGUCCCUCAUUACUAUGAUCGCUCCCUCUGCCUUUGAGCUGGUGGCCCAGUUGGAGAUGUAUCACCCAAGAACCAGCCUUCGUUUCCAACUUGCCAGAGUGCUGGUGUUGUAUCUUGGAAACCUCUAUAGUCUGAUAAUUGCCCUGUUGGACAAAGUGAAUAGCAUGAGCUCUGAGAUUCCAGGAAACUGGUCUGACUCCACAUCAUACCUGGCCACCAUUUCCCAGCCUGCAGAGACCAACCUGUCCACCAUCGUCCCCGAAAUCACUGAAGGAAGGAAUAGCACUUUCACCAUGGCUGUAAUGGACCUGAACCGCACCACCAUCAAUGUCAAGCACAGUUUUGUGUCUGGACCAUCAGCACCAGUCCUUGCCGGAACGAACCAAACCAUACUAUAUGAAUACAAUGGUAAAUCCCAGCAGGAUCAGUGCUGGGAGACCUAUGUUGGGCAGGAAAUGUUGAAGCUCUCGAUCAUUGACAUGAUCUUCACCGUGGCUAGCAUUUUGCUGAUCGAUUUUAUCCGGGGCCUGGUGGUUCGAUACCUGAGUGACUGCUGCUGCUGGGAUUUGGAGAGCAAAUUUCCUGAAUAUGGUGAAUUCAAGAUAGCUGAAAACGUCCUACAUCUAAUAUAUAACCAGGGAAUGAUAUGGAUGGGGGCCUUCUUCUCACCCUGCCUGCCUGCAUUCAAUGUACUAAAGCUUAUCGGACUCAUGUACCUGAGAAGCUGGGCUGUACUCACCUGUAACGUUCCUCAUCAGCAGGUCUUCCGGGCUUCCAGAUCUAAUAAUUUCUACCUGGCCAUGCUCCUUUUCAUGCUCUUCCUCUGCAUGCUACCAACUAUCUUUGCGAUUGUGAGGUAUAGACCGUCGCAGCACUGCGGACCUUUUAGUGGUCAAGAGAAGAUCUACGACAUCAUCUCCGAGACAAUAGAGAAGGACUUCCCUGCUUGGUUUAGUAGGGUGAUGAGUUAUGUCACAAGUCCUGUGGUGGUUCUGCCAGCUCUCUUGCUUCUCUUCAUGCUGAUCUACUAUCUGCAGUCCAUUGCCAGGUCUCUCAAGUUCACCAACAACCAGCUACGAAUGCAGCUUCAGACAGAACGCACAGAUGACAAGAAGAAAGUGUUUCAUUUGGCUGCAGUAGCACGUCUCCAGCCACCUGAGGGUGGUGAGCAAAAACCUGAGCAGGAGAGUGACAUCACCAGUAUGGAGUCACCAGCGCGGUCUGCUUCGCCUCCACGUCGCAAUGGUAGCGUCAACAAAAUCCUUUCGCCUGGCCGUCACAGCAACAGCAUCCGCACGAUUGCUCAGUCAGCCUCUCGGCCUGAAGACAGGAGUCCAUCCAUCCUUGUGAGACCCAAGCCUAGCAGUGCUUACAGAGUAUUCAGCAGCCCCUCCGUUCCACAGAGGGAGAUUCAAAGGGUGGAGUACAUCCCCAUCAGGCAUCCAGCCUAUCAAGGCCGCUCUAAAUCAUACCACCACAUGGCCUAUAAUCCUUCUGUGCGUUUCUCUGAGAGUGUCCAUUCAGACCCGGUGUUCAGGAAGAGCCUCAGGCCCAUGCACCCAGAGCCUGGUAUUGUCACAGCACAGAGCUACCUGGGCCGGCGUGCUCACACCACCCGGUACGUCAUCCUAAACGAGCAUGAACCACGCAAGAAGGUUAUGCGUUCCACCAUGCGUCUGCCGAGGCACUAUCGUGUGGUGGAUGAGCCAACUGAGAUCGUGGAGCUUUACCCUCGUAAUGUGAAGUGCUACAUUCCCCGAAGUCAGCAGCCCCACCUCAGUGAAGAAGAGGAGGAAGAUGAAGCUAACGAUGGUGGAAAGCGAGGGUCUUUAGGGCAUUCACAUCGGCCUAAGUCACUCUCUGAUCUCCAUCAGAGAUCACCAGCACGCUUUUACAUUGGCGAAACUCUGGACAGCCGUCUAGCACGAAGAGUGUAUGGAGAGGAAGAAGAAGAUGAUUAUCUCGAGUGGGAGGAGGAAGGCCCUCGUAGCCGCACACGGACGAGUAUGAAAGUCACGGAAACACCACACAGGCAUGGAGAACCUCACGUCAAGCCUAAGAACAAACGCAAAGGGGAGCCGUCACUGACAGAGUCGGAUUCGGCCUCGCUGGAGUCCAGCAGUGACCAACAGAACAGCAGCACUGACCAGUACAUCCAAGUCAUCCACAACAAAGAGAAAUACCUAAAACACAACACUAAAGUGACUAAAAAGAAGUCGAAAACCAGUGCUGAACUGAACAUGACUGGAUCAAAAGAUCUUGUGUGCUCAAAUGUUUGACUACAAAUAUUGCGUAUAUUAUAACAACACUGAAAAUUCCAGUAGUUGUGUUUUAAAGCACAUAGGUAAGGUACACGUAGGUAAGACUACAGCAAGCAAAAUGUAAAUGUAAAAUAUAAUUUAUUCCCUAUAUGAUAUUAUAAAGUGAUAUUAAGAGCAUAUAUACAGUAUGUAAUCAAUAGACUAAUCAGAACUGAAUCUUCCUGUUGCUUAAAUGUGCUAAUUCCUAUGAAAGACACAAAUUAUUUUCCAGAAAUGUUUUUCAGAUCACAGAUAAUUCAAAAUGUUUGAUUGCAAUAUACAUGCUGGAUAACGGUAAAUGUUGAUCUUUUCUUCUUUAUGAUAGAAGAACUACAUACUUUGUAAAUUAGAUAGAAUGAAAAAUCUAAACUUGAGAAAUACCCAUGCCUAUUAUACGCUUAUUUACACUUUUUUCUAAAUUAGGUAGUAUGGCAUUCAAGUAAGGACAACUUUGUGGCCAUAUUUAUUGAACUUUUUCACAUUUUGGACCAAUAUUGAAUAGCAUCUAGGCAUUUUGUUUUCAUCUACAGCUCAAAUCGUGCUUUAAACUCCUGCUGGUCUUCCUUCAAAUCUGCAUUUUGCUGAUGUGAACAAAAUAGGAAACUAUGAUGCAACAAUUCUCAAGGGUGCAUGAGUUUAGAAGCUGAGCAGAGAGACAAAAUGGGGUCACCAACUUGAUGCUUCAUUACUCAGUCAAAACCUUUUGCAAAUGCAAGGCGCUGACCAGUGAAACUGUGAAACCAGGUUUCAUGAAAAAUGUGUAUGAAUUCUAAUAAACAUGGGUAAUGUAGGUGGAUUCAGUUGCUAAACAAAUGAAGUCAUAAAAACAUCCUGAUGCUAACCUUGCAGAUUGUUUCAUUACAAAUUUUUAACUGUACGACCAUGCUGGCGAAUAAAACUGAGUAAUUUUGUCAGUCCCGGUAACAAAUUGCUCAAGAUUAUUUCUUAAUGUAUAUAAAUUUAUGAUUUUGAAAAUAAAGUGUUUUUAGA